GUAAAACGAGUCAGUUACUGACGGUCGGUGUAGCGCGAAAGGUUGUUGAAUUGCGGUAAAACAAGCGAGUUGGACCAAAACGUACAAGUAAAUAAAUAAAUAUACGCGGUUAUAAACCAACAAAAAAGUUAAGACAAAUUAACAUAGAUAUUCUAAAAAGAGUUAAUAUUUUUUGGUGCAAACGUCUAAAAAAUAACCGUUGAAAAAAGGAAAGAACAAAAAAGUUUACAAACAUUUCUUCGAAAUACUCGCCACAAAAAUCCAUGACACAAUCGUAAAAAACGUCCCCUUCUACCACAGUUUACCAUGACUCGCCAUCACAAAAGUAAUAAAAAUAAUAAAAUGUUCAGAAUAACAACUGCCGCUGCCUAUAUUUUCAUAUUGCAUUUAACCACAUGGAUGCCACAUAUUUCCACAUUGCCACAGGGUGCACCGGAAACGGUAUGUGACACAAUGUUGCCCUUUCAUGCGGGUGGCAUAGCACCGGCCACAACGAAACCACCAUUUCGGAUAGAAACGUCGGCGGGAACCAUUGGUCAGGGACAGACACUGCGUGUCGAUAUUGUUGGUGUGCCAAGCGGUUUGACAUUUGGCGGUUUUAUGAUACAGGCACGCAGCACCAGUCCACCAAAUCAAGUGAUUGGCCAAUUCAAUCUUCCCGAAGAUGGUUUAUCGAAACUCAUGAACUGUGAUAAUUCCGUGGGUAAUUCGGUCACACACACAAAUACAUCGCCAAAACCUGAGAUUAGCUUGGAAUGGCAAUCUCCUGUCGAUUUUGAGGGUGAAAUUAUUUUCAAUUCCACAGUGGCUCAAAGUUACGACACCUUCUGGUUGGGCAUUCCAUCGGCUCCGGUACGUGUGGUGAAACGUGAUAUUGCUCCCGUUGGACCCACAACACCCAGACCAAGUUAUUCACCGACCACUCGGCCACCCUAUGUACCGGAAUAUGUGCCACCAGCACCGGCUGCCACACCCGAUGAUCCUUUCUAUGAUGGCUGUGGCACCAGCAAGAAUUGUUUUGGCAACAAAGAUGGUUGUGUGGACAGUAAAACUUGUGAUUUUGUGGCCGCCAUUAAAGUUCGUGGAAAUAUCUAUGAAUUUGAAUUGAAAUCUCAAGCAAAGGAUGCUGCCUAUGUUGCCCUGGGCUUGUCGGAAGACAAUAAAAUGGGUGAUGAUUUGGUUGUGGAAUGUGUGCCACAAAAUGGCAAAGUUUCCAUGUUCAGUUCCCUGACAUCGGCUCCACCCAAGGGUUAUGGUGUUAGUCGCCAGGGAGUGCCCCAAAACACCGCCCGUUUGGUGGAAAGUUCCGUGGUAAAUGGUGUCAUUUAUUGUAAAGUAGAAAGAGAUCCCCUCACCCAGGUGGGCAACAAAGUUUUCGAUUUAAUAAACAAUAAAUAUUAUUUGUUAUUAGCUGCUGGUACAGGCUUGAAAGAAAAUGGUGUGGGCUAUCACGACAUUGGUCGCAUUCCCUCCGAUAAGGCCAUUAAUUUGGCCGAGCUUGCUGAUUUAGGUGGUGCUUCAAAAUUACUCUUAAGACUGCAUGGCAGCUUCAUGAUUGCUGCCUGGAUUGGUACCACUUCAUUGGGUAUUAUUUUUGCACGCUACUUCAAACAAACCUGGGUGGGCAGUCAAAUGUGUGGCAAGGAUCAAUGGUUUGCUUGGCAUCGUAUUUGCAUGGUUACCACUUGGUCCCUGACAAUGGCUGCUUUUGUCAUUAUUUUCGUGGAGAUUGGCGGCUGGUCCGGUGAACGCAAUCCCCAUGCCAUCCUCGGUUUGGUUACAACAAUUUUGUGUUUCAUCCAACCCAUUGGUGCUUUGUUUAGACCAGCACCCAACUCGAAAAAUCGCCCCUUCUUCAAUUGGGCCCAUUGGUUGGGUGGUAAUUUGGCCCAUUUGCUAGCCAUUGUCACCAUCUUCUUCUCGGUUAAAUUGACCAAGGCUGAAUUGCCUGAAUGGAUGGAUUGGAUUUUGGUUGCCUAUGUGGCAUUCCAUGUUGUGGUGCAUUUAAUAUUUUCCAUUUUCUUGUGUAUACAGAUUUCAGGCUGUUCCUCGGAUAGACAGCAGGCAAAGCGAGUCAAUGAUUUCCAAAUGGGUAAUAUGGGUCACCAUCAUCAUGGCAUGCGCAACAAUAUGAAGAAUGAAAGGAAAAUGGAUGCACCGUUUGCUGGUUUCCGAAAAGGUCUGUUGGCUGUUUAUAUUGUGGUCAUCCUGCUCUUUGUCGUAGCUUUAAUUGUAAUUGUGGCCUUGGCUCCAAUUCAAGAUACAUUCGAGCAGCUGCAGAGGAAACUUAACUGAAUCUAUACAACCCUCCCUCCCUCCUCCGCUCAAAUACACAAAUUGUAAUAGCAUAUCUAAAAAUGUAAUAAUGGCUCAAAUUGUUUUUUUUUUAAUUAUCCGUUAUUGUCGUCUAACAUUGUGGAGCCCAAAACCGUACUGAGUUGUAUAUUACCGGCAUUACUGUUGCAUCUUUGAAAAAGUGAACAGUACAUCGUCGAAGCUAAUCUCUAUUUGGGCUUCAUCCUGUUUUCCGUUUAUUGUACUUAUUCCCUGUUUUAAUCGCCACCAAGUGCUACUUCUGCUACUCAUUUGCUACUUUUUCGUCUUUUUUGUUUGUAUUUUAAGGCUAUUUUUUAAUGUAUGUAUAUUUUUUGUUAUAUUUUUUUGUAUACAAACAAAUUUAUGUACAAUUUUUGUAUUUUUUUUUUAUUUAAAGUAAG